AUGAGGCACUCCUCCAGCAUCAGACCCUCGCCCAGCAUCAGGCCCUACUCCAGCAUCAGAGGUUGCCCCCCAGCAUCAGUCGUUUCCCCCCAGCAUGAGGCCCUAGUCCAGCAUCAGACCCUAGUCCAGCAUCAGGCCCUCCCCCACCCUCAGACCCUCCCCUGGCCUCAGGCCGUUCCCCACUAUCAGGCCCCCCACCUCCAGUAUGAGGCGUGGCAGCUCCACUUGUCUGAUGCUCCUGAGCACACUCAGGCAGCCCCAGAGCAGCAGGACAAUGGCUCUUGCAGGAGGUGCAUCUCCAGGAAGCACCUGCGGAGCAGCAGCAGCUGGGCUCUGUUUCAGGUCAAGGAGAGGCGAAGGGGCACUUGUGCAGGAGGCAGCCGUGGCUGUGGGCACGCUCCCCGACUCUGCUUCCUCCCCGUGGGGGCUCUGCUCUCCUGCUCUCUCACGGGCCCCAGGACUGUGUCCUUCCAGAUUCACAGUCGCCUUGAUAUCUCAAGCCCAAGUCCUGAGUUGCGUCCCAGUCUGGUGUGGUGGAGGGCUGGGAACACCCAAGCUCAAGGGCUGAAAGGAUCCCAGGGGGACAGUCGGGCCCCAGCGGGCGGCCGGGCAGGGGAUGAGGGUGGCCGCCCACAGAGGGCCCCGCAGCAGCACUGGAAGGACAGCAGCGAUGCCUUAGCUCACUCGGGACGCUGCCCGGCCUAG